AUGAAGCGGGACACCAGCGUCGAGUGCGGCACAGACGAGCACGACUCCAUCAGGCUGCUGGCCGGCUUCCUGAUCGGCGUUUGGCCGCUCGGCUCGCUGCUGCUCUUCUCAUCGCUCCUCAUCCCGUGCAGUCAUUCGAUUCGGACGCGCUCACCCAGCGCUUUGACCCUGGCCACCGCGUUUCUCCACCGGGAGUACAAGCCGAAGUGGUAUUGGUGGGAAGUGUUUGAGCUGGCGCGCAAGCUCGUGCUGACGGGUGCGCUGCUGCUCAUCCCGGAGAAGCGCGCCUUCCUUCGCAUCGUGGUGGCGACAUUAAUCUGCGCUGUCGAUGUCGCGCUCACAGCAGCCGCCCGGCCCUACAAGCGGAUUGAAGACGGAGUCCUCGCUGUCGCUGCGAGCCUCAUGCUCCUCCUCGUCUUUCUUGGCGCCAACUGGACCACCAUCUUCCUCAGCAUCGAGGAGCGCUGCCCAGGAGUAGCGGGCGUGGCCUCCUCCAUCCUUGCCUUUGACAACGUGGAUGACAUCGUCAACACGUUGAUCGCCCUCGUGUUUGUCAUGCUCGCCUUUUUCCUGGUGAGUGCCAUCUUUGCUGCACGGCGCAUUGCCCGCAAGCCAAAGAUUCUGCUGGUCUCUUCGAACCAGCCGCCCGAGCUGACGCUGGCGCGCCACAUGAAGUGGCAUCUCUUCAACAGCCACAUCUGGUCCACCGGCCAGGACGCCGCCGCGGUGAUCAAGAAUCAGCUCAAGCUGCUUCUACCGGGCAUCAAAGUCUUUCUCGACGUCGACGACCUUGCGGACAUCGGCGCUCUCGAGGAGUACAUCCGCCGAACGCAGGUUAUCCUCAUCUUUCUCUCGAAGGGCUACUUUAAAAGCAGGAACUGCCUGCGGGAGGUCCGCGCGUCGAUCGAGCAACGCAAACCCUUGGUGCUGGAGCUGCGCGAGGAAUGCCCCCCAGAGCUGCGAGCGGCCGUCUUUGACCGGGGGUGGCGUCGGGUGCUCUGGCUCCGGGCCCUUCUCCUGCACACGCCUGACUUCCGGAGAGAGGCGUCGCUACCGCUCUUCGUGCCAGGGGAGUUGAGGCGGGAGGAACUUAGCUUCCCCAAGCACGUUUUGCUCUGGGUAUCUCCCGUCAACGCGGGCGCACAGGAACUGGCCGAUGAGGUGGAGGAAGCGGUCCUAGCGGACGCAUCGAAUCGAACGUCAAGGAACUCUCCCUGCUCAAGCCAGCCAAAAACCAACCUCUCCGUCAUCACGGCGGACGCUCUGCCCGAGCAAGCGACCCACAUGCUGCUCAACCUCUGCGAGGAGAGCUGGUCCGAUGAGCGGCUCACCGAGCAGGCUCUCUUGGGAGUCAAACUGCCCAUAGUGAUGGCGCACGAGAACGACCCGGCGCGCCACGGCUGCCCCUUUUCUCGCUUCUUUGAGAUCACGCCACAGGAGCUGAUCGCCGACGGCCUCUACAACGACCUCGCCAUCGGCUUCUUCCCCGGUCACCACCGCCAGGCGCCGGCCAUUCCUCUGCCGGACCGGCACUGCAAGGAGGGGCCAAAUUAG